UUGUUUGAAUCAUAUCCUGAAAUUCAAGUCGUCGGCCUUGAGGAUUCCCGGCUAUAAAUGUUGAUGUAGUGAGGGCUGGGAAUCAGUUUGACACAGUCAGCCACUGGAGCUUGGUUCAGUCUAAGAUGCUGCAGGCGUUUGGUCACGUGACCCUUGCAUUGCUGGGAACGGUGGUUUAUAUUGGACCAGUGUUCGCAAAUCAGCUGACCGUGAAAUCCUUCCUGGUUCGCUCUCACAUCCGUUACCGGUUUGCCUCCACCGUAGUCGCAAGCACCGUCAUCAACGACGAUGGAACACAGAGCCGCGAGGCAGUGUUUGAAGUCGUGUUGCCCGAGGAAGCCUUUAUCUCCAACUUCUCCAUGACUGUGGAUGGAGAGGUGUACGUCGGUCGCGUGGAGGAGAAACAAAAGGCCUUGACUUCCUAUCAACAGGCCAAGGACCGCGGGGAGAGUGCUGGCUACAUCAAAUCAACUGCGAGACAUUCAAACAAGUUUGACGUGUCGGUGAACUUGAAGCCUGGAAGUAGUGUGACCUUCAAUCUGACCUAUCAGCAGCUGUUGCCACGUUGCAAGGGGAUGUAUGAACAGAGAAUUCACGUGAACCCGGGUCAACUGGUGCGUGAGGUGAAGGUUGAGGUCUUCAUCGAGGACAGCCGGGUCAUCACGGCAGCGACAACCGAGUUUCCAAGUGGGGAAAACAGCAAUGUGUUUGAGGAGAUUGGUGUGUCCGUAUUGUCACCAAGUCCUAACAGCCGAUACAUCGUAUACAACCCGUCACUUGACCAACAGAAACUUCUUGGCAAGAACGGGGUCAACAAAGAGCUGCUUAUCAAGUAUGACGUGGACAGAGAUCAGAACGCAGGGGAGGUUUUGGUAGUUGACGGGUACUUCGUUCACUUCUUUGCCCCCGAGAACGCUGGUGAAGACAUCCUCCCGGUCCCCAAGGACAUACUGUUUGUCCUUGACAUCAGCGGUUCAAUGUCAGGAACCAAGAUAGCGCAACUGAAGGCAGCCAUGACGGUUAUUCUUAAAGAGCUGAGCAAAACCGACAGGUUCAACAUUUUCCUCUUUGAUGACAGACUUAAGAAAUGGAAGACGGCGCUUGUCCCCGUUGAGUCGAGUACCAUCGAUGAAGCACUCGACUAUGUUAGUCGACUGGAAGCGGAAGACUCAACUAACCUGAACAUGGCCUUGACCGACGGCAUUUCCUUCAUGCUGGAAGAAAGGUACAAGGAGCACACGCCUGUGAUGUUCUUCCUCACAGACGGUCAGCCCACGGUUGGCACCAAGGACCCCGGCUCCAUUGCUAAGAAUGUCGAACGCCUCAAUGAGGAUGUUGUGUCUCUGUUCGGACUGGCGUUUGGUAAUGGAGCUGAUUAUUACCUGUUGAAGGUGGUCUCCGCCCAGAACAGCGGUUUUGCUCGGAGAAUAUACGAAGCUGCCGAUGCAGCUGAUCAGGUAGAGGGAUUCUAUGAUGACAUUUCCACCACUGUGCUACGGAACUUGAACAUCAAAUAUCUCAACGGCACAGUCGAUCCCGACACCCUGACGACGACGGUCUUCAGGAACGUUUUCAGGGGCAAUGACGUGGUCGUAGCCGGUCGUAUGAGUGACUUCAUCAAUACCUUGAUUGGUGCUUCACUGACUGCAGACAUCGGCACAGGAAAAUUGAAUGUGGUUCUGGAUAACCACAGCACACAACCCAUUGAGCCAUCGACAAACAACCCCUAUUUUACUAUUCCAAUGGACUUCGCGUCUGUUAUUGAAAGGAGCUGGGCAUACCUGAGGAUCAAGGAUCUGCUACUGCAGAAGAGGAAGGACGAGUAUAAGAACGAGAAGUCCGAUGUUGACCGGAAGAUUACGGAGUUAGCCCUCAAAUAUAAUUUUGUCACUCCUCUGACGUCAAUGGUGGCAACGAAGCCAGAGCAACAGGCAACAAAGACGAACAUACGCGGCGACGAUUACAAGAAGGAGAGGCCCGUUCAUCGGUCACAUCAACGGGCUUAUUUCCCACAAGCAAGUGUACCACGCUAUAACUCCAUGGUGAGUCGCAAGAUCGUCAACCCUGCUGUAGCUUAUGGAAUACAAUCUGGACAACAAUCAUUCCCUUCUGGAAUACUAUCUGGACAACAAUCAUUCCCUUCUGCAAUACAACCUAGACCAAAAUACAACGGUGGGGGGGCUAGUUCAGUACGCAGAUAUUUCAAGAGACAAAGAUAUGGCAUGAGGACUCGCCCAAGAACUGGCCCGAUGACUGUCUUGAGGACUGCCCCGAGGAUUGUCCCGAUGACUAGGUCGACUAUAAUCCUGACGACUGUCGCGACGACUGCCCUGACGACUGUCCCGACGACUGCCCCGACGACAGUCCCGACGACUGUCCCAACGACUGCCCCGACGACAGUCCCGACGACUGGCCGGACGACAGGCCCGACGACUGACCCCACGAUUGAUCCGAUGAUUCGCCCGUCGACUGGCCCGAGGACUGGCAAGGGCAGGCGGAAGAAAUCAAGAAGAAAAUCACUUAAGAACAAAUCAAAGAAGCGAAAUAUGAGAUGCAAAAUUGUGAAAAUGUUUCUGGACGGGUUUGGGACAACAACAGACAAACAAAUGUGUUCAAGAGCGCUCAGAGUUCAACCAGGAACAUUCCAGAUCUACCCAGCUCCAUCCACAAUACCGACUGAAUCUCACAUAUACGUGCAAGCGACUCUUAAGCGAGUAUCGUCAAGGGUGUUGCUACAAGAGAUCAACAUCCACCUGAAAGAUGCCAACAUGUCCUACAAAGUCGUGAUGAAUACGUCCGACGUCAGCUCCAAGGUAUGGCGGACGCCGGACACGCCCACAGGCCAUGUGGCAAUCCACAAGCAGGCGACGUGCAGGCGAACAGUGGGUGUGGCAAGAUACUUCAUCAUGGUGCAUCUGACACAACCCGCGGGGGCGGGGUCAGCAGCAAGAAGAAUUAAGAGGGACAUCAAAGGAAAAAUAAGGAGAAAACUUAGGAAAAGUCUUACAGCAAAGGUGUGCGGAGCUUCCUCCAGGGUGGAAAAACUCAACUCCAAGAGUAAGAGACUGAAGGGGACCGGGUACCUGUUCCAGUCUGCCUCCGUCGUCAACUUGUAAAUGGGGAGGACCACGUACUGCUGGCAUGUUGAAAAGCAAGAUGAUCAAUGUUAUUUGAUUUCUUUUCAAUGAAACACUUUAAGGACUUUAGGGAGGUCACGGUAAAGGGUGUAUCAAUGAACUGCUUGGAAGUAGUUUGUUGUGUCUGUUCAAUCUUAUUAAAAUCAUAGUUCUCUGAAACGGUACCUUUCAACGUUGAGAUAAGUCAACCACUCGUUAGGAGGUCGCGUUAACAGAACUUUCUAGUCAGCCAAUCAGCGUAGAUGAUUCUAAAUUCGGGACACGGCCAGGGAAGCAUUCAGGAAUCGCACCCAAACCGGAGUACAAUCAAAGGAAUAGAUGUGUUUUGUGUGGUAUUAUUUUAUGACGUGAUCUACUAUUGAUGGGAUGCCAGAUCUUCACACAGGGAAGUAGAGUUACGGAGUAAAAUGACUUUGUGAUAGGUGUCUCUAGUAUGGAAGAUCAGAUUUCGGAUUAAGGGACUGAUGAAAAAUGAAUGCAAAUGCAAAUGAAAAAGUAACGAAACAGUAAUAGUUGAUGUAAACAUAACAUUUUGUGUGUGUUAUUGUUUCAUAAUCUGGCAGCAGGGACAGUGGUGGCUGGUAUUUUCCACCAGUUAUUGUCCCAGAAAACUUCUUGAAACAACAAAUUAUAAUGCUUCAAACUGCUGAGAAAAACCAAAUUGCUGGUACAAACCUUACAUUCUUCCAAGGUGUGUUUACAACAUAAUUAGGCUCAUAGUUUGAAAGAAUAAUCUGGGUUUGCAGCUGUGGCUGAAUUAAUAUCCAGCCUCCUUACAAAAUCCCCCACCCCUAUAUCACUUGUUUUGUCCUUAAAGGCAAAUGAGUGGUGAAAAUCAGUGAUGACACCAGGUGUUCCCGAUUGGUACCUUAUCAUUUGCAAUAUAACUAGCCUCACAACGAUAUACUGACUUGAUGUUCCUACUAUGAUACACAUGCUCUCUGCUCAGUUUGAUACCCUAGUUUUACACAAUAUUUCUUUGGCUUAUCCGAUGAACUGUGUUGACCUCCUUUUCGUUUGAUUACUGUGGUAUGUUUGUACUAGUACCUGAAGAGUCAGCGCAUGUUGUGUACAGCAACGUAUGGAGGAGGAAAACACAUAUAGGCGCAUAUACAUACACAAUAAAAAGAUAAUAAAAAUCGAGUGAUUCCAUGGCAUUAGGUUGGCUAACCAAGCAAUAUUUUCUGCUUAAAUUGUUUAAUAAAUCUAAAAUAAUUAAGCCAUGUUCGCUAACGGACUACUGUUUCUUGGUUGGCUGAUAAUAGAGUAGGCGGGUUUUAGCACUGAUCGAUUUCACUGAUUUCUUAUCUUUGUCAACAUUUUUAUGUCAAUUAUUAAAUAAGCAGUUAUUGUUGACUUAUGUAAUUAUAGGAAUUGACUUCACCAUUGCCCUGUUUUCUGAAAAGAGCGACAACAUACUGAUGGAGAGAAAUAUAGAAACGGGUACAAUUUUUUAUUUGGCAUGUGUUUUUUUCAGGAGAAAGCAGAAUGUACUUUCACAGACUGGUCACACAUAGGAUAUCAAUGUUUCAAUGGAAAAAAUAUGUGUCAGUUGUAAUUUACAAUAAUAAACUUAAAUCGCAAAAUACGUGCACUCAUGAAUGUUCAGCAUUAUCACACUCGCAAAGCUUGGUUGAAGCAUGAAGUCCGACUUAAAUCAAGUAUUGAGUGCGAUGGAAACAGGUAGAAAAGUCGGUGUUUUUCCGAAAGGUAUCAUUUCGGUAAUGCGCAAGUUGACAGACGCAAGUCAGGUGGUGGAAGGGUGGGCUCGAACCUUCCUCGUCUCGCUCCUAUAUGGGCAAAGUAGGCGUUCCAGAAUCGCCAUGCCUGCGGAAGUGACGACACAGUGGAGAGAGAGAGUAUUACAGGCAUAAAGUGAUCAAAUGAUACAUUCACACUGCAUAUAUCACGAACUACAUCCGACUAAUACAUCUUAAUUUGCUAAUUAUAAUGCUUGAUAAUAUAAGGUCUAGGGACGUGCAUGCAUGUGUAUGAUUGUCACUGCUUGUACUAGUCAUAGCUUUCCCCGGUUUCAUAGCGCUGGGUAUGGGACAACGAUGAAACUGACACCAAAACCAAUACCUUGAAGGAUAAUGAGGGGAGGUGAAUUUUAACGUCACAUUCAUGAUUAUUGUACUUAAACCGACGUACAUGCAUGUGUACGGGUGUGUGUCUGUGUGUACUUGUCUAUACCUGUGCCGGUUGUAUAGUGCUGGUCCAUUGAGAUACCAUGCGCAGUUUUACAUGGAUACUCCACUCAAACACGUUAUUGGCUAUGCUACAAAAUGUUCGAACAUCGAUCAACAUUCUCCAGAAUAUACGAGGAUUUAGAAUAACGUUUAUUCAGUGCUUUGUACUUAUAAAUAAUAACACAGGAACUUUGAUCCGAACGAACAGAUAGAUGAACAAUUGAAGUCAGCAAUUAGCACAAACCAUGUGGGCGGAAGAAUCAACAAAACAUUGGCUCUUUACUGUCAUUCAGUAUUUUAUUCGAUGCUAAGGAGCGAUGGAAACCAUGACAACGUUAUCGCGAAUGAUCACUGGCGUAAUUCUAUAAUCGUGUCUUGAUAUCAUUCGAUAAUUCCCUUCUAUUGAUUUAACCAUUAACUAGAGACCAGUAAAACCAUCUGUUUUAUAUUUAGAUAUAUGCAUAAAGAUUCAAAGUGACAAAAAAAUAUCCACAAGUCUGUGUGACAAGAAGGAUAGCCAAUUGUCAACUGUCCCUUUAUUCCGAGAUAUAUUCCAUCAGUCCCAGCCUUGAUUAGCUACAUACCAAAUAGUUUAAGGUACAAUCGAAGGUUUCAAAGAGCACCAUAUGACUCUUGCACAAAAGAUGUUUAAUCAGCAUUACAACAUUCAAGGCUUACGUAAACCUUUCAAACGGUUUCAUGGUUGACCUCUGGACGAUAUUUUCAAAUUUCACGCAUAAGGGACAAAAAUGAUGUUCAAUACCAUGACCUGUACCAUAUAUGCCCGUGUGUGUACCGAUUAACACUAGAUCUGCAACGGAUCACCUGCGACACAGGUUUUGGAUGAUUACCACAUUGGCGAAACCCACGACACACGUACCGGGAUCAAACUACGAUCGUAGGGUUUUGGCACGACUCAGGGACACAACUCUGCACAGCGAAUUACCACCCUUGCCCCGUAUGCAUGCGUGGACCUAUGUUUACAAUGCAUAUUUGAAAAUGUACACGUUAACCCCUUUGCAUGUAAUAGUGAGCAAAUUUGAUUCCUUAUUGCUACCACAAUCCAAAUAGCUACCAUCGACGUACGUAGACUGUUUUGCUGUUUUAGCUAACCUUGGGCAUGCCCUAAAGGAUCACUGUUUUAACAUAUAUUUAUCUGUGUAAAGCCUAUACUCUCCAUAAAAUGAAGGGGAUAUUAAAAAGUAACAUGAUCACAGAAAUACAAAGAGGUAUGGAGCAGUGUAAUGGAUGGACUAGAAAAAAUAAGGACUAAUUUGUAAGAUGACAACAAACAGAACAUGUUGGUCUUGUAGUGUAAAGGUGCAAGCGACGAAAAAAGAUGACUGGGAUGUGAAAUAAAAGAUGAAAGUUUUUGAUGACUUGAUAAAUAAUUGGUCAUCACCCCAUGGUUGGGCAAACACUUGUGUUUAUCCCGUGGGAUGUCCGAAUAUAUCUUCAAUGACAUUUUGAGGCAGUCUUGUCCAUUCUCUUGCAAUACCUGGCCUAGUUUGGCUAACUUAGCUGAUGGUCUCUGACGUCGGGGUACACGUCUCCCAAUCAUGUCCCCAGAAAUGCUCUGCAGGGGAAAUGUCAGGACACAUGGUUGGCCCCUGCAUUGUGAUAAUGUCUGGUGAUAGUCAGUUACAAACGUACACGGUGGGCACGGGUGUUAUCGCCUAGAAAGACAAAACAUGGACAAGCAUGGGGCGGAAACGGCACAACGUAUGGCGCCAGCAUGUUGUCUCGGUAGUACUGUAGAGUGACCUCUCCGUGGACGAUACGGAGUGGCAUUUUGUCAUGAUCCAGCCCCAUACCAUCAACGACCAACCCUCGAACCUGUCAUGUUGCCUAACGUUGAAUUCGUAUGACGCCAGCAGACACGUUCACGACUAGCUAGAAAAGUAACCAGCGAAUUGAUUGGAUGUUUGGGCUCAAUUUCUUAAAGCCUGGUUUCUGAUUAUUCGAUCUUAAACUUGUGUUUGUGACCCAUGGCGCCCUUGUGUUCGCAGAAACAUGUUCAAAAGUCUGAAAAUCACCACAGACUCGGACACACUGAACAUAUUGGCUACCUCUCGCUGCGUUCCACCAGUUUGAAGCAUGCCAAAAAACCCUUAGGCAUUCAUCACGUUGAAGACGACGCAUUCCCAGUCUAAACACAAAUGUUGCUUUAAAGCAAGAGUAGGAAGCUAACGCGUAUGCCUGGAGCGCGCCGGUGGUUCGUUCCCCUUGCCGAGCGAUACUUUCAAAACAACCCUGUUACCCUGCUCUGCAUUAAGGGUUAGAAACAAGGACUGGUAAGUUUAGAGUAAUUGUAUCUCAGUGGCUAGCACUACAGAACCGGCAAAUAUUCGGACCAGUACGAGCAUCCGCCCCCUGUUGCAUGCAUAUCAGUGUAUGAGCAAUAUAAUCUUGUACGUGAUGUCACAACCCGUCACAACUCUCAUUUCCCUGUGUUCAGUUUCGGCUAUACCAUGGUCAUUUUAAGUUCUCAUUCGCUUCCACACCAAGCAACACGACAAGAAAGGAAAUAUUUUUUAAAUAUGCUUGCGCAACAAAACACACACACACACACACACGCACGCACGCACGCACGCACGCACGCACGCACGCACGCACGCACGCACACACACACACACACACACACACACACACACAUGAAGCCUACGAACCCCAGAAAGCAUUUCAUUUUAUGAGUAUUCAUAUAAUAGACACAGUUUGUUUUGCAGUAUUGCUUUCAUUAUUCUUAUUGUUGUGUUUUCUGUAUAAAUAGUGGAUCUCGUG